GCCAGAGCCUAGUCCCUUCUCUCAUUAAGGGUUUUGUUCUCCCUCUUCUUCACCUUCUCCGAUCGCAGUGCGAGUAAGCUCUAGGGUUUCGGCGCUCACCUCGUAGAGAGAGAGAGGCUUCUCCAUCCUUUGAGAUCUUCGGAAGAGAAGAGAAGAGAAGAGAAGAGAAGGGUGGUGGCGAAGAUGGUUUUUCCGAUGCAGCCGUACGGGAUCCAGGCGAUGCUCAAGGAAGGGCACAAGCACCUCUCCGGGCUCGACGAGGCCGUCCUCAAGAACAUAGACGCUUGCAAGGAGCUCUCCGUUAUCACGCGCACCUCCCUCGGCCCCAAUGGGAUGAACAAAAUGGUAAUAAAUCAUUUGGACAAGCUCUUUGUGACAAAUGAUGCCGCAACGAUUGUGAAUGAACUUGAAGUCCAGCAUCCUGCUGCCAAGAUCUUGGUGCUGGCCAGCAAGGCCCAGCAAGAGGAGAUUGGCGAUGGGGCUAAUCUUACAAUUUCUUUCGCUGGGGAGCUACUUGAAAAAGCGGAGGAGCUUAUUAGGAUGGGGCUGCAUCCAAGUGAAAUCAUCAGCGGCUAUAUCAAGGCCAUUAAUAAGACAGUGGAACUUUUAGAUGAUUUGGUAGAGGAAGGGUCGGAAACCAUGGAUGUGAGGAAUAAGGAUGAAGUUGUUUUACGAAUGAGAGCUGCUGUUGCUAGCAAGCAAUAUGGACAGGAAGAUAUAUUGUGCCCUCUCAUUGCUGAUGCAUGCAUUCAAGUCUGUCCGAAAAAUCCUGCGAACUUCAAUGUGGACAAUGUUCGAGUUGCAAAGCUACUUGGAGGUGGCCUACACAACUGUACAGUUGUCCGGGGUAUGGUUUUGAAAAAUGAUACCAUUGGGAGUAUUAAAAGGGUGGAGAAGGCAAAGAUUGCUGUCUUUGCUGGAGGUGUUGAUACAUCAGCAACAGAAACCAAGGGAACUGUUCUUAUUCAAAAUGCUGAGCAGCUAGAGAAUUAUGCGAAAUCUGAGGAAGCUAAGGUUGAGGAGCUUAUUAAAGCUGUUGCUGAUUCAGGUGCCAAUGUGGUUGUGAGUGGAGCAGCUGUUGGUGAUAUGGCAUUACAUUUCUGUGAGCGUUAUAAGCUCAUGGUGCUGAAAAUCAGCUCAAAGUUUGAAUUAAGAAGGUUCUGCCGUACAACCGGUGCUGUUGCUCUUCUUAAACUUAGCCAACCAAAUCCGGAUGAGCUUGGGUAUGCCGACUCUAUUUCAGUGGAGGAAAUUGGUGGUGUUCGGGUUACUAUAGUGAAAAAUGAGGAAGGUGGAAACUCAGUUUCUACAGUUGUUUUACGAGGUAGCACUGACAGUAUAUUAGAUGACCUUGAGAGGGCCGUUGACGAUGGUGUUAAUACUUACAAGGCAAUGUGCAGAGAUAGCCGGAUAAUUCCUGGGGCUGCUGCAGCAGAAAUUGAAUUAGCUAGGAAGUUAAAUGAGUUUUCCCUCAAGGAAACAGGAUUGGAUAAGUUUGCCAUUGCAAAAUUUGCUGAAAGCUUCGAAAUGGUGCCAAGGACCCUUGCUGAAAAUGCUGGACUUAAUGCCAUGGAAAUAAUUUCAUCCUUGUAUGCUGAACAUGCCGCUGGAAAUACAAAAGUUGGAAUUGAUUUGGAGGAAGGUACUUGUAAGGAUGUUUCAACCAUGAAAAUCUGGGAUCUCUAUGUCACCAAAUUCUUCGCACUAAAGUAUGCUGCUGAUGCUGCUUGUACUGUUCUGCGGGUCGAUCAGAUCAUAAUGGCAAAACCAGCAGGUGGCCCAAGAAGAGAUCAACCAGCUGGAAUGGAUGAGGAUUAGUUUGUGCCCUAGUUAUAUAAUUAUGUGAGACUAGAAGCUAGUGUUGCCUGAGGUGUUUCUUUUUUCGUAGUUGUGAUCGUAUAGGAAGCUUUGAUUCACGAAAGGACUGGAUCAACAUCUUGUUUAAGUGCGGCUUUCUUUGAUUGCGGCUGCCCUCUUGAUUUUGCAGUGCCACCAAAUAUUUCGGAUUGUAACCUAUCUCUGAAGCGAUGAUUCUGUAUCGAUACUUGGUUUUGCUUUACUGUUGUCUUAAUGUCUUUAUUACUGAUUUUGCCGAA